UCUUUUAUUUUAUUUUAUUUCAUUAUUUUUUUUUUCUCCCCUCCCACGAGAGUGUAUCACUUUCAUCGCUAGAAAAUCCGAAAUGGUGGAUGGUGGGAGAAACUAGGAUGUACCGACAGAGCGGCGAAGGGGUAAGCUUUCCCGGGGGAGCAUGGUGUGGCGGGGUAAGUCAGCUGAACGGUCAUCGAUAGAGUGUGCUGGUGGGGGAGGGGAAGAAGGAGGGAGAGGGGGAAGGGGACAGCAGGGAGGCUCGGUCGAGGGAACAGUAAGCGAUGCGACUCAGUCGCGAUUCGAAGCCGGUCGUGGUGAGCGAAUGUGUCUCGUACCGUGUCGCGCGAGCACACGGUAUCCUCUUUAUUUCGUUUUUUUUUUUCGUUUCCAUAUUUUUCCGUGCUCCGUUGCGUUCCCUGCCGUGCGUUGAACGGAACACGGUGGUGUUCACGCUGGAAUAUACCGCUUUAGAAUCGAGAUGGCUUCGUUUACGUGUACUUUCCUCGUUUCACCUUGACGAAUACAAGAAGAAAGAGAACGUGUUUUUUUCGAGCCUUUGCUCGUUUCCCCUCUGCUCCUUUGUGUUCCACCGUCGCGAGUGAUCACAGUGAAGAGGGCUAACAUUCUCUCCUUCGAAGAUGCUGACUUCCAGUGCGAAUCAGUACCUCCGUCCGGAAUAUCUUACGCCUUUACCUACUACGCUGGACGCUAAGAAGAGCCCGCUCGCGCUCCUCGCGCAGACUUGCAGUCAAAUAGGGGCGGACACGCCGUCCAACAAAUCGUUGCUGGCCUCGUUGGACAAAGGUUCGAGCAACAAGUCGUGCAAGUCGGAGAAGUCGUCGCCGGGGAUGGUGAACGAGUCGUGCGGCAGCAAGGCGGCCAACUUCAAACCGUACGAGUCGUGUUUGUCGAGCGGCGUGGAAAAAGCGUCGAGCCCGGACGAGCAGCAACGAUCCGGCUCCACGCACUCGAUAUCCGGCCGUUCGAGGACACCCGGGAGCGCCAGCAACCCGGCGGGUAAACGUUGCCCGAGCAAUCAGAGCGGUUGCUCGGCCGUCGCGCGAGCGAUCACCCCUCACCAACAGCAGGGAGGCCGGAAAACGGCGACACCGAACGGCGACGCGGCGGCUCGGGAAUCGCCCGCCUCCAGGAAUCAACAACUCGUCCUCGACUCCUCCUCGUCCUCCUCCUCCUCCUCCUCCUCCUCCUCUUCCUCCUCCUCGUGCUCCUUCUCGUCCCAGCAAGCAGCCGUGAUCGUCCCAGGCAGUCCCUCGUUACAAUCGAAGCCGUCGUCCUCGUACAGCCCGGCCGGUGUCCUCGCGAUCACCGACCCAUCCAUCAAGGAUCUUCCACUGGGAACGUUCAAGCCCGCCGUCACCUUGUCCACCUGCUCCUCCGCCGCUUAUCUCGGCUUCAACCCUCAAUUGCCGAUCGAAGCGACGGCCAGCUCGUUGAUGUCCCAACAUUUGAAAAACAGUUUGGUGGGGAACCCGUAUCUGGGCUACGCGAGGCUGAAGAGCUCGGCCGAUACACCGUUGAUGCCCGUUUGCAGGGAUCCGUAUUGCACCGGUUGCCAGUUGAACUCUCAUUUGCUCGCCACCUCGACGAGUUUGGCCGGCAGCGGGAAAUUGGGGAGCACCGCGGCCUCUUCCUCCUGCCCCGGUGGAUGCGCGCAGUGCGAUCACAAAGGCAACGGUGGUGGUGGUGGUGGAGGUGGUGGUAAUGGCGGUGGUGGUAGUAACAGUGGCAGUGGUGGUGGUGGUGGUGGUGGUGGUGGUGGUGGUGGUGGUGGUAGCGGCGGCGGCGGCGGCAGUGGUGGCAGUGCGUCGACGACGGGUGGUUACGGAGCGUUGGGUGUCGCGGCUUACGCUCACGCGCAACUGGCCGCUCUGGCGGCCGUGUCUCAACUCCCUUACGUGUGCAACUGGAUAGCCGGGGACACGGCGUAUUGCGGGAAAAGGUUCUCCACCUCGGACGAGUUGCUGCAACAUCUGAGGAGUCACACGAGCGUGACGGGGGGGGAUCCUUCGGGGGCGGCCCUCUCCCUGCUCUCGCCCCCGGUCGGCCUCCCGCACCCCCUUUUCUCCAGGACUUACCCAACGCCACCUCUGAGCCCGCUCGCGACCGCCCGCUAUCACCCUUACGGCAAGCCGCCCCCCCUCCUGGCCCCGUCCCUCUCCACCCUCGCCCUCCCCCUCCCCCCUCCCCACCCGCACACGGCCCCGGCCCUGCCGCCCUACUUCUCCCCGUACUCACUGUACGCCGGCCCGUCGAGGCUCGGCGCCGCUUCCGGCUUGCCCCAAUGAGUUCACGGCCAAACAAAGGAUGUAUCGAUCGCCUCGUCGACUGUGAUCCACGCGCGUUGAAUCUAUCAACGUUUCCAACCUCGCAUCCCCUCGCGUGUAUACCCGUUUGACUGGGCUUAGGAUAGGCGCCACCUAUAGAAGUUUCCACUCGAGUCGGAUUUCACGAGUGGGGCGAGUUGCGUGUGGGGCUGAACGUUGGUAAAAAGGAUCGCGAUUCGGAUCGGCGCGCUUUCAACUGUGAUUCUCGCGCAAGAAUAAACGAAGUAAUUGUUAAAUCUUGUCGGGGGGAGGGGAGGAUCGCGAUCUUUUACCACCUUCCCUUCUCGAUCCCUCGCGCGCCUCGAGUGUCACGUUUUCGC